GAUUUGACAAUUGUAUUAGGGGCUAACUUUCUGCUCCGCUCAUUUUUAUUCUCUCUGUUUUCUCUCCAUAUUUCCUUUGACUAAAUAUCCUGGCAACUCAUAUAUCUUCAGUAUCAUUGCCCCCUUUUCCAUUGUAUCACGGAAAUGAUGAUUUCUCUUCUUCAGAAAUUCAAACCUUUUCUUCUGUUUUUGAUCACAAUCUUUGUGCUGAAUUUCGGAUUCAUCACUUGCGAAUCACCCUCGAUUUCGCCCAAAUGUUUCGAUAAAUUUAAUACCUCAACAAAUUAUCAAUCUGACGUUCAAGCCCUGAUGGAAGUUUUUUCCUCCAAAUCUUCCCAAUAUACCUUCUACAAUGAUUCUUUUAGAGGAGUCUAUGGCCUGUUUCUCUGCAGAGGUGAUGUUGAUAGUAGCACUUGCCAAAGUUGCAUCAAUGAUGCCACCGUAGAUCUGCCAAAAACUUGCUCUUCUUAUCGAGGUGGAGUCAUCUGGUAUGAAAAAUGCCUGUUACGCUACUCGAAUACCGAUUUCUUCGGUGAAGUAACAUUUGAGCCAGACUCCUAUAUCUAUAUGAGGAAUCUAGAACACAAUACUUCACCUGAAGACGACUCGGCGGUACUUAAUUUGCUAAAGGAAGCGAUUGAGCGAGCUGCUCAGAACUCAUCAAAGCUUUAUGGGACCCAGGAAGGAGUUGUGCCUAGUAAUGUGUCUCGGAAUAUAUAUGUCCUGGUGCAGUGCACAAGAGAUCUCAAUAGAAGUUCAUGUUACUCUUGUUUGAAGGAAAUAACUGAUCAACUCCGGAGUUGUUGCCUGGGGUGGGCAGGGUGGCGCUUCUUAACCCCAAGUUGCUUUGCAAGAUUUGACGAAUACGUUUUCUAUUCAGGAGCACCACAACCUGCUCCUGCAGCACCUCCCACGCCCAAUAGAGGGAAAGGGGAAGGAAGGACAAAGAAGGUUGUGAUCAUCUCUGUAUCAUCAUUAACAGCUGUCCUUGUUGCAUUCUUUCUUGCUGGCUUCUUAUGUUUUUCAUUCUGCGGGAAAGGACUGAAAGGGGGAGGAGCAAGUGAAGAGAUUCUGUCAAGAAAUUCUCAAGGCCCAAAUCAAAGGCGCAUUGUCGAGACAGUAAGGAACGAGAAUACAGAAGAUAUGUUGUUUGAUAAAGGGAAAACCAGCACAAGCAAUGUUGAACUCCGAGAGGUAACAUUAUUCAAAUUUGUGGAAUUGGCAACCUCAACAAACAACUUUAAUACGACAAAUCUGCUAGGACAGGGAGGUUUUGGUCCCGUAUACAGGGGAACAUUGCAAAAUGGACAGGAAAUAGCGGUAAAGAGACUGUCAAGGGCAUCAGGGCAAGGGGUAGACGAAUUUAAGAACGAAGUGUUGGUCAUCUCCAGUCUCCAACACCGAAAUCUUGUAAAACUCCUAGGAUGUUGCGUUGAGGGAGAAGAGAAGAUUUUGGUCUACGAGUACAUGCCAAACAACAGCCUGGACACAUAUUUGUUUGAUUUGCUCAAGAAAGAACUCCUAGAUUGGAGGAAACGUUUCAACAUUAUUGAAGGAAUAAGUCAAGGUCUCCUUUAUUUACACCGACAUUCUAGACUGCGGAUUAUUCAUAGAGAUUUAAAAGCAAGUAACAUAUUACUAGAUGAAAAGUUACAACCAAAAAUUUCAGAUUUUGGGUUGGCGAGGAUUUUUGGAGACAAUGAAGAUCAAGCCAAUACCAAAAGGAUUGUUGGAACAUAUGGCUAUAUGCCUCCUGAAUAUGCGAUGGAAGGACUAUUUUCAGAGAAAUCUGACGUAUAUAGCUAUGGUGUUUUACUGUUAGAGAUUGUAAGUGGGAAAAGAAACAACGGUUUUGACCAUGAUGAACAUUUAAGCCUUGUGGGAUAUGCUUGGAAAUUGUGGAAUGAAGGCAACAUUUUGGCUUUGGUUGAUAACAUGGUCGCUGAUCCAUCUCAUGAUGAAGAGGUUCUAAGGUGCAUAUAUGUGGGAUUGCUGUGCGUGCAAGAAUUUGCGAAAGAUAGACCUAACAUGUCCACAGUCAUUUCAAUGCUUAACAGUGAAAUUGUGGAUCUUCCUCGUCCAAAACAACCUGCUUUCAUUCUAAAACAGAACAAUGCAUCAGAUGCAGAGUCCUCUGCACAGCAUGAUCAACAGAGAUGCUCUCUGAACUAUGUGACUCAAUCAACGGUCCAAGGACGAUAAGAGAAAGUUCUUCAUGUUAGAAUAUCAGUAUUUAUUUUAGAAUAUUAUAUUCAUAUUAUCAUUAAUUAUAUACAUUUAAGUUAAUUAGUUUUAUACCUAAAAAUAUUCUUAGGUAUAAAAUUAUACAAUAGAC